CUGGUUAUCAUCAGAUGGAAUGAUGUUUCUCCAACGAACAUUUUAAAGAAGGAUGCUCCUUUGUGCUAUGGAGAUUACGGAUUCGAAACAAAAAAAACAACUUUUCUACAGAGACAUGGAAGAUGAUCAUAGACAUGGAAAUGGGGCCGACGACACGAGCCGAGCGAGCCCAGAAAGUCCAUGUUCAAAGAGCAGCAGCAACAACAAAGAACAAGACCGGUUCCUUCCUAUAGCUAACGUUGGCCGGAUCAUGAAAAAGGUGAUUCCGGGCAAUGGAAAAAUCUCCAAGGAUGCAAAAGAGACUGUCCAAGAAUGUGUGUCGGAGUUCAUUAGCUUUGUCACCGGAGAAGCAUCAGACAAAUGCCAACGGGAAAAGAGGAAGACGAUCAACGGGGACGAUAUCAUAUGGGCUAUCACCACCCUAGGGUUUGAAGACUAUGUAAAGCCACUCAAACAGUAUCUCAUCAAGUAUAGAGAGUUAGAGGGAGAGAAGCUUCAUGUCCCUAAGCAGCAGCAGCAGCAGCAGCAGCAGCAGCAGCAGCAACAACAAGAGAGGUUUGAACAAGGACAAGUACUGCAACACCAUGAAAGUCAAGAACAAAAUAUGAUACCUUAUAACGACACUAUUGUAUAUGGUACUUCUACAAGUCUUAUACCUCAGCCUUCCUUUGUGGUAGCCAAUCAACCAUUUCCGCUUCCUUUCUCAUCAACUUCAAUCCCAAAAUAAGUAAUGCAAUCGGUGGUUUUUUUUGUUUUUA